AUGUCCUGGUUUUGCUUGCGUCUGCUCCCGUCGCGGAAGAAGAAAGGAGGGGGCGACGCCGACUCCGAAAAAGGAAGCGCGGCGGGGACACAAGCGAAUCGUCCGGCGCAGAAUGCGUCGGGCCGGUCUAGUCCUCGCACUCAGUUGGCUCAUGGUGACACCACCCGAACACUCUUUUCGGCAACUUCGGCCAUCGGGCCUGCUCAGCUUCAAGGCCCGGGGCGCUUGGCCAGUUCGGGCACCGGCGCACGCCUAGGGGUUGUCCCCCCUACAGGGAGUCCGCCGCCGCGCGGCAACCUCCCGUCGGCCUUUCUGAGGAGUGCGACGGAGAUGAAUGUCCCGCGAGGGGAGACGGGUCGUUUUACCCCGGCGAUACUCAGCCCUUCCGCUUUCUCGACGGGUUCGCAGAGGCUGCCGAAGACGGUCAAGGUCGUGUUUUCUCGAGUCACGGAUGUCCCUGCGAAUCGCGAGGGCGACGCGGUCGAAGACCGGACGUUCUUGUGCUCGGUCUACUUCGAAGACGAAACCAUGACAAAGGCAGUGGACAACCCAGAUCGAGUGACGCAACCUGCCGAAGGUUUUUACAGCGGCAUCAAGCACUAUGAAGUCCCACUCAACAACGAAAGCAUCUUGCUGCAGGUCCCGUCCGGCCCCGGUCUUUUUGGGACAGACCCUCUGACUGGCGAAAAGAAGAGUCCCCCACCCGGGUUCAAGGUCGCUCUCACUGAGCAGCUUGCGACGGGAAACCAGAUCUACAAAGGAUCGACGCAGCUGCUGCGCUUCGACGAUGCUCGUCUCACACAAAUGUCCAAAUGGCCUCUCACAAACCCUGUCUUUCGGCAGGGAGCGGGGUUCCUCUUUCUUAGGUGUGAACUGACGUAUGGGGGCGAGGGCGAGGGCGAAGAGGCAGCCGUGGACAACACCCCGCUGAGGAAAGCAGGUUCCGCACCCCAGCCUUUUCGUUCCGUUGGGGCGCCUUCAGCUAUCAGGUCCGGGAUGGGUUUUACGUCUGCUUCCGCGUGUCCCUUGCCUCCUAAUGCUCCUGCCCAGCCUCGAGGGACUCCAACCUCUCCGGAGCCAGCCCGUUCGGCUAGCGGGUCCACGACACCUUACUCCGGAUCCCAGGCCGAUCUGUCUGCUGCGCCUUCUCAGCCUCUCGCGGCUACUGCACUGCCUCGCCCGCCUAAUCUCCCUCCCUUGCGUCCCACACCACGCCCCCUCGUUGUUGCGGAGAAGCCGGAGGAACGCUUGGUCAGGAAGCAGACGAUGAAGGAGCUCAGUCGUGACUCCGAAGAGUUUCGAAACGGCAUUUCGCCUGCAGACGUGGAGAAAAAGGAGGAGGGCCCCGAAGAGAGGAGCGACGACCGCGCGAAAAAUAGAGGAGUCGAUUCUGCCUCCACUGGCCAUCCACGAGAAGAGGAAGAGGAGGAGAAACCUCGGAGGUCCCAGACGUCGCCGUCGUCCUCCCCACGCCGACAGGAGAGCGAGAGAGGCCGAAAGAAAGAGAAGAAGGAGAAGAAAGAAGACAGAAGAGAGAAAAGCCGUGAAGACAGAGAGAAGGAGAAGAAAGACUACAAAAGAGAGAAAACCCGCGAAGACGGAGAGAAUGAGAAGAAAGACUACAAAAGAGAGAAAACUCGCGAAGACGGAGAGAAGGAGAAGAAAGACUACAAAAGAGAGAAAACCCGCGAAGACGGAGAGAAGGAGAAGAAAGACUACAAAAGAGAGAAAACCCGGGAAGACGGAGACAAGAAGGAAAAAAAGGCCAAGAAGGCCAAGGAGCGCUCAGGGCGCGGCGACAGCGAAGAGAGAAAGGAAAAGAAAGACAGCUCACGGAGCGGUGACAGUGAGGACGCAAAGAAGAAGAAGAAAAAGAAGAAAGAGAGCAGAGACAACGAGUCACCUCGUCCGCACCAUCGGGACCGGGACCAGGGCAACGGGAGCGACGAAGAGGAAAAGGGAGAGAAGAAGAAAAAGAAGAAGCACGACAAAGACGUGAAAAAAGAAAAACUUACUAAAGAGAAGACUCGCUCAAAGAGGUUUCAUGAAAGUGGAGAAACAGACAGAGAGAGGUAG